GUUAGGAAUACAUAACAAAAACUAUUGUCUAUGAUUACUGCCAUCUUCUGACUUGGCGGGAGAUACUAUUUAGGCACAUAUUUUUACAGUUCACAUUUAGAGGUCAAGUAUUUUAAACUUAUUUCAAAUUGGAAUCUGAUACUGGAGGAGAAAGAUAUAACAAUGUCAGGUGAUGAAUGUGAUCUCGAUGAACUGACAGCAUUUUUAGAAGAAGAUUCAGACCUGGAAGACAAGGCCAGUGAGCAGCCUAUUCAAACUACUCCAUCUGAUGCCUCUGUUAUAAACAACAACGACACUAGGACUAAAACUGAGAAAAAUGACCAUUUUACGGAUGCAACCAGAGACAAGAGUACCAAUUUUACAACUAAGACAAAUGAUGGGGACAAAGAACUUGAGGGCAACUCAUUUACUAAGGAAAGUGAGGCAGAAAUGGGAGGUCUUUCACAGAAUGCUACAGAUGAUGACAAUAUUUUCGGUGAAAGCAAACAAGAUCUCACAGAAGCAGAACUCCAAGCUUUGCUUGAUGACAGUGACUUAGAGGAACAAGGACCAGUUACUCAGAGAGAUACAAAUAAAGAGUUCAUGUCCAAAUCUCUAAAUGAUCAGGAGGAGAAAGAGAAAAAGAAUGACAUUUCAGACAAAGAAGAUCUUGCAGCCGAGCUAGCAAGAAUGAAAGAAAAGAUGAGACUUAUGGAAGAACAACUUAAAAACCACUCACAGGCUACUCCAGAAUCGGUGCAGAUAUCAGAAAAAAUGAAAGCUAAGCCAAGACAGUUAAAGGACUUGGACAACAACAUCUUUUUUCCUGAAUCUGGUGAAAAGGGGAGGGUAGUUUCACCCAAACAAACUUUAAGUCAUACAUCUGCUAAGAAAAAUGUGCUGAAAAAAGAGAUGCUGACGGAGGAGAAACCUGAUAAUGCUGAGACUGAUGGAAAGUUUUUUCCAGAUAGUGAUGACAGUGAUUGGGAGGGGAUGGAUGGUGAAAAAAGCUCUUUGUCAAAAGAGGGCAAAGAUAUCAAGAAACUAAUCAAGACAGGACAAAGAGAGAGACAAGCUCACAAUCCUAAAUAUGACAUGAGUGCAAUACCUAAGGCAAAGGAAUCCAAAUCUUGGAAAGCUGCUGUAAAAUCUACACCAGAUGGAGCCACCUCUUCUUUGCCAAGACAAGUAGACAAUGACAAGGCCGACUCAUAUAAUGGAAUACGAGUCAUUAACCCCCUUAUUUCCUCGAGUCUUCUGAAGACGCGCAUGGAUGGACGGCGGCUGAUUAAACUGUCUCAGGUUCACCGUAGAGUUGGUACCAGGGAGAUGGAGGGCGACUGGGUCACCACAGGAGUAGUGGUGUCCAAGUCAGAGACAAGACUGAGUGGGAAUGGUAAAAAUUUUGUAAUCUGGAAGCUGAGCGACUUGGAGGACUGUGAUAAAAUUGUGUCAUUUUUCCUGUUUGGAGAGGUUUACAAGCACUUGUGGAAGACAGAGACUGGGAAAGUAAUAGCCGUGCUCAACCCCUCAAUAAUGCCUGCCUCUGAAAAGAAACAAAAUUCCUUCGAUGUCAGCUUCACUGUUGAUAACUAUCAGAAAGUGAUGAUGUUAGGAAUGUCCAAGGAUAUGGGGCGUUGCAGAGCCAAAACUAAGUCUGGACAGGAUUGCUCAAACUUCAUUAACAAGAGUCAAGGAGAAUUCUGUACAUACCAUGUGCAAUAUGGCUACAAAAAAACCUGCUCACAAAGAGUUGAACUCCAGGCAAGUUAUACUGGUCCACAGCCUAAAGCAUACGAGAAGAAAUGUAGACAAAAAAAUGAAGGCACUUACUUCUAUGGAGGACAAACAUAUACCACUGCCAGUGUAAAGACCCAGAAGAAGAAAGACAAAGUGUCCAUCCAGACUCUCAAACAACACAAUAUGAAGGAAGGAAAGGCAACAACAAUGAGCUUUCUUCACCCCAUUCAGCCACAAGAUGAGGCCAAAUUGAAAGCUCUGUCAGAUAAGCAAAAGGCGCUUCAUGAUCUGAUUUCCACGCCUUCUGCUGGUGCUUUGAAUUUUGUGAAACAUUUGGAGAAAAAGGAUGGAAUUGAAGCAAGGGCCAAAGCUGAAAAACAAAACAAACCCAUCAUUUCCAUCACUCCAAAGCAACUGUUACAACAAACCCAGAGAGAGCACGCAGAAAGGAUGAAGAGACAGAAAACCCUCUCUGGUACCACUGGUGUACCUCAACAGCAUGUGAACCCCCUUGACUGCGUUCCUCAACUAGGGAAAGGAUUGGGGGGCGACAAGGGGGAAAUUUUUCUCGAGGAUUCCCCCUUGCAGAGACCCCUUUCUGCAAGGAGAAAUGAUAGUGUGGCAGCUGCAAAGAAAAAAGCUGUAGCCAAGGUGCAGGCAAAGGGUGGACUGGAGAGACAAGAUCCUAAUGCCAUUAAGAAGAAAAAAUCUCCGGAAACUUUGGAAGCUAAAAGAAAAAGGUUUGCCAAAGAAGAAGCAACUAAAGAAACUGGUUCUGGACAAAACGGGAAUUCUACAGAACCACCUAAAAAAAGGUCAAGGUUAUUAGGUGACCUUGAUCCUAAUUCUGAGGAAUUUAAACGAUUAUUGAAUGCGAAAUCUUCACACUCUGGCGCUGUGUCUGAGAUUGAGAUGGAGCAACAGGAAAAAUAUUUUGGUGAGCUUGAAAAACGUGAGAAGUAUGAAGAUAAAAUGAGCAACACAUUGGAGGUGAAGUGUUCAGUGGUAGUGUGUAAACAGUGUAAGUACAUGGCACAGAGUGCGGCCGACAGAUGCAAGGAAGAAGGGCACACAUUAGUCCGAAAAGAAGCCAUGAAAAAAUUCUUCAAAUGUGUACCUUGUGGUAAAAGAACCAUAGCAUUUGGAAUGCUUCCUACCAAAAACUGCAGUGGUUGUGGUGAAUUCAAGUAUGAGAAAACGUCUAUGUGGAAGGAGAAAAAAGGACCACUACUUGACAGUGAAAAACUCUUACUACGAGGAGUGGAGGAGAAAUUCCUGAGAUAAAAUCUCCUGAUUUUAAACAGCAAAUAAAAUGACUGAUGAUGAUAUUUAUUAACUGACAGCUAGUAAUAAAAAGAAACAGUCUGUGAUACUUUAUCACACUAAAUCAUUGUUAUGUAAUGAAUGAAGACUUGAUAUGGAAACUGUUCAAACUAUGUCACCUUGAGUUUGAGACCUAUAUUGAUGACUUCUCUCCGGUCAAGGACAGUAUUAUGCCCAGUAUAUGUGUGCAUACUUGAAAUGAUUU